AUGAGUGCACCAAUAAAGAUUGUGAUGCUUGGAGAGGGUCAAGUAGGCAAGACUUGUUUGACUUUGAGAUAUUGCUAGGAUCAAUUUAAUGAGAAUUAGGAAUCAUCUGUCAAUGCCACCUACUUUGAUAAAGUUGUGGACCUGGGAGGUGGUAAGGACAUCAAAUUGGCCAUCUGGGACACUGCUGGCCAAGAAAUAUUUCAUGCACUGACCACCGUAUAUUAUCGAGAUGCUUAUGGAGCUGUUCUUGUUUAUGAUGUCACUUACAAAGAGUCAUUUCUCAAAGUCGAAAAAUGGGUGGAAGAAUUAAGACAAUUUGGAACCAAGGAUAUUUCAAUCGUGGUUGCAGGCAAUAAAUGUGACAUGAAGAAUUAAAUGCAAAUUGAUAAAAACGAAGUCGAAGAGUAUUGUAAAAAGAUAGGAGCUAAGCAUUUCUUUACAUCGGCCAAAGCAGGGCUAGGCAUCACUGAAUUGUUUAGAGCUUUAGGCGAAAGCAUCUCAAUCAAAGUUUAAGCUUAAGAAAGCAAAGGCAAGAAAAAGAAAGGUCUCUAAAUCAAAGAUGUUAAGGACACUAAGAAAUCAAACUCAAAAAACGAUGGAUGUUGUUGAAUUACAAUACGGAAUUCUUAAUCAAUAUA